CAGUUGGCCCGAGUCCCGACAUUCUAGGCUUGCUUUUGUUGCUGUGCUUCUGCUUGCUCGCUCGCUCCCGUCGAGGCGAGCCUACUACCAUCGUGCGGCUCAACAACUUAAUCUCCAUCCCAGAAUCUGAACCCCGAAACCCCCAACCCAAGCCCCGUCCCGCACCGAACUCCCAAACCAAACGAUAAGAUACCGCGACAAUGGCCACGACCCCCCCCCAACGACCGCCCUCAUCGGACAUCACGAUGGAGCCCCUAUCCUCCGACAGUCUCCACGACGAGCCGCACCUGCUGCAGCUGCAACUGCAGCAGCAAUACGUGCACGACCUGCAGCGCCCACCCAGCACCACCGAGCUCCCGCUCGCGCCCACAUUACCGUCGUCGCUGCCGCACUCGCCGCCGACUCCAGACCGCUACUCGUCGCCGUCGAGGCACUACCACAGCAGCUCUGCCACGUCGAUGCCGUCGGGAUUCGGCGGGUCCUCGGACGCCUCGUACUACGGGGGUUCUCCGCCGCCUCCGAUGCCACAGCAGCCGCAGCAAGGGUUCUCGAACUCGCCAAGAGGGGGGGAUCGUGAAGGCUACUACAAUGGCGGCGGUGGUGGGUCGUCGUCGGCUUACGCGGCGGAACAGAAACAGAACAGCGUGGUGAUCAAGGUGGGCAUGGUGGGCGACGCACAGAUCGGAAAGACAAGUUUGAUGGUCAAAUACGUAGAAGGCAGCUUCGACGAGGACUACAUUCAGACGCUAGGGGUCAAUUUCAUGGAAAAGACAAUUUCGAUCAGGAACACGGAGAUCACGUUCUCAAUCUGGGAUCUCGGCGGCCAGCGCGAGUUCGUCAACAUGCUGCCGCUCGUGUGCAACGACGCCGUCGCGAUUCUGUUCAUGUUCGACCUCACUCGCAAGAGCACGCUCAAUUCCAUCAAGGAGUGGUACCGGCAGGCGAGAGGGUUUAAUAAGACUGCUAUACCGUUCCUGGUGGGCACGAAAUACGAUCACUUUGUGAACUUCCCGCGAGAAGACCAGGAAGAGAUCUCGAAGCAGGCACGGAAGUUUGCGAGAGCUAUGAAGGCGAGCUUGAUCUUCAGCAGCACGAGUCACAGCAUCAACGUCCAGAAGAUCUUCAAGAUUGUCCUGUCCAAAGCCUUCGACCUCAAGUGCACCAUACCAGAGAUCGAGAACGUGGGCGAGCCGCUGCUGCUGUAUCAGGACGUAUAGUUCUGCGGACGGGUACAAUGACGUACACAGGAUGCUGCACAGCUCAUCAGGUCCCGUGACCACAUACUACCCGGACAGAGGCUUGAAGCCUUUCCUCUUCUUGUUUUUUUAUGCAGGAGUGUGCUGCUGCUGCUACUGCUGCUGGUGGGGAUGGUGGAUGGGGAAUAGGAUAUGAUAUGGUGGGCGGGGUGGGAAGGCGUUUGUGUGAUGUUCCUGAGUUGAGAGUUCUGCCUCGCAAAACAGAGUAUUUUUUUUU